GCAGCGAAACACUCGCGAUGAUUGGACGCCCUCCUCACAUUGGCUACCGGUGCGCGCGGCGUUUGUGUGGCGCGCAGGCCUUCAGGGAGCCUCGGGAACGGGAAUUCACUAUUACUAUAAAAGAAAAUGUCUACAUCUAACAUUGCAGCAAGAGUGGAAACCUGGCUUUCAUCCACAUGGCAUGUUAAAGUUCCUUUGACAUGGCUGGAAGCAUGUAUUAAUUGGAUCCAGGAGGAAAAUAGUGGUAGUAAUUUAAGUCAAGCUCAGAUUAACAAGCAAGUGUUUGAGCAGUGGCUUCUUACUGAUCUAAGAGACUUGGAAUAUCCCAUUUUGCCUGACUGCAUCUUGGAUGCUCCCAAAGGAGAGUUGUCAGGCUUCUACUCCAUACAGAUUGAUUCACUGGUUGAUGUUAGCCAGCCAGCAUAUUCUCAGUUGCAGAAGCUAAGAGGAAAAAGCACUGUAAAUGAAGAAGUAACAGCCAAUACUCAGGCAUUUCAGAAGCCCUGGGAAGCAAAGCCUACUCGAAUGCUGAUGCUACAACUAACUGAUGGAAUACAUCAAAUUCAGGGCAUGGAAUAUCAACCGGUGCCUGUCCUGCACACUAGUCUUCCUCCUGGAACAAAAAUCACUGUACAGGGUAAUAUUGCAUAUCAUCUUGGAGUCCUUCUGCUUAAACCAGAAAAUGUGAAACUGUUGGGGGGUGAAGUGGACGCUCUUCUUGAGGAUUAUUCUCAGGAAAGAGUCCUUGCUAGAUUAAUUGGAGAAACUGAAAACUGUAAUUCUGUUGGACAAGCUGGUCGUGAACAGAUUUUUUCCAGGCCUGUGGAUGAAUCAGAACAAACUCUUGGCCCUUCAGAUGAAGAGCUUUUAGCCAGUCUUGAUGAAAAUAAUGACUAUACUUUAAACAAUGGAACAUCUUUAGAAAGCAGAUGUUGCAGCAGAAGCAACAAUUUUAGUACAACCUCAGGUGCACUGACUUUACACAAUGGAAAUGUUUUGAUAGAGGAAUCUGGAAGCCCUUUUCCUCAUUCAGAUGAACAAGUUUCACCUCCCAUAGAAUAUGCUGAUGGCUUUUUAAAUGACUUUCCUUUAGAAGAUGACUUUUUUCUGGAAGAGAUGCAAAUAGAGCUGGAUGAAGUGACACCAGUGGUCAUGAACAGAAACACAGGUUUAUUUACUGAAAGACUUCCAAGUAUACCUAGAAGAUCAUGCAAUUUGUCUUUAAAUGGCAUGUGUGAAAAAAGUGAUGUGAAUGAAAGAGAUAAACCUAAGGAAGCUAUCAGCAAGAAAAAGAAUUUUAGAAAAACAAUAUUUGAUGAAGGUGGAAAUAGUAGGAAUAGCUUUUUGCAGCUCAGAAGCAUACGUCAGACCUGCAGUUCUGAUUUUUCUUUGGAAAAUCAUCCUGAAGAAGGGCAGACUGAUACAGACUUAGAUGAAAGGAGAUGUAAAUCCCAGCACACUUCUGACAGCAGUGUGUUAAAUGGUGAUCCUGAAUUUUUCUCAAAAACAGAUCCAGAAGCAGUUCAGCAGAAGCAUGAUUUGCAGACCUUUCCUUGCAGAGCAGUAGAGCCACAUUUAGAUUUAAAUUCUUCACCUUUCACAUACGUUUCCCUUCUCCUUGCAAAAAAACCAGAAACUGUUACAAUUCUGAAAAUUAAGUGUUUUAUUGUUACUCUCACUGGAAACCUCACAAGCAGCAAUGGGUCCUGGGGUAUAAAGGCCAAAAUUUCUGAUGGUUCUGCUUAUCUUGAAGUACAUUUUGCUGAUGAUAUUCUAACAAGCUUGAUUGGCUUUUCGGUGGCUGAAAUGAAUAGGCUGAAAAAGGAUCCCGCUUUACGUCUGAAGCUUAAGGAUGGUUUAGAGAAAUGUCAAAAACAACUGAUAGACCUCUGUUGUUUGAUGACUAUUGAGUUUGAUCCAUUUGAGUCUAAAAGUACUGUGUUAGUCCUCCAGGAUGCUGAUGCAAGGCAUCUAGAACAAUUGAAGAAACGUUUGAAUAAAUAACAUGUGUAAACUUGCAGACUCUGUAUUAGGAAGCAUUUAAGUUACAUUUCCCUGGAGGACUAUUGGAAGUUAAAUUUUAAAGUUAUAUGGUGUGUCUUUUAUCAGGAAUUAUAAUGGAAAACUGAGAGGAGGAGAUGACUUGUCGGAGCAAAACCAACAGUUUGUUUCUUAUGAUGAUAAUAUUGAAAUAAACUUUCAAAUAUUUCUCCCUUGAUUUAAAACAGUCAUGCAUCAUUUUCAUUCUACAAAAUCUCAUAUGUUCUGGACUGGUAAUCCAGAGUGGCAAAAUUUGUCAGGAAAUGUAUAACAACAAAAAAAAGUCUCAUUAUUAUACUUUUUCAAGUACUUACCUGAUUUUUAAAAGGAAGAUGUAGGAGACUCUCAGUCUUUUCUUGGAGGAAAUCAGUUGAGUAAAUUUGAAUAAAGAAUUAUUAUUUAAAUACAGUCCCUUCUGACUCUGCCAAUCUGAAAAUUCAAAUAUGUAUUCAAUGCGCAAGAAUCUGAAGUGUAGAGCAAAGAAAGAUUUUCUCCUAAAAGUUCAGGUGUGUAGGGAAAAAAACCCCAAUUCUAUGCGAACGUGAGAUUAAAAGACCUGUAUAUUUUUAAAAAGAAAUAAAAAGAAAGAGAAGUAUUUAAAAAUAUUUUAUUAACAAAACUAUUAUAACAUAUGGUGAUUCAAUUUUUGUCACGUUAGUGUUAAUAAUUACUAAUAGUUUUGAACCCACAGGCAAACUUAUUCAUUAACACUUCAGAUUACUCGUCAGUCUUUUCACAGAGUAGUCAAAUACUGCAAACCUGUUGUAUAAUAUAUUUAAUGUUGGUCUUAAUUUUGAUUACUCUUUUUUUUUACUUUCUGUUUUUAAAAAUGUAUACAAAUAUAUUAAGGUUUUCACUUAAA